AUGGCGGGUGGAAUGGCCUCUCAAGGCAUCUCUGCCAAGCGCGCAGAGCUUGCUGGAGGCAGAGUCGGAUGGCGCGGGCUGGUCAGCAGCAAGAAAGCGUUUGGUAUUGCGCUGUUCGCCUCGCUGGGUGGUUUGGUCUACGGAUAUAACCAGGGAAUGUUUGCCCAAAUUCUUACCAUGCGGUCCUUCAUUGAUGCGACCCAAGGAUAUGCAGAACACACAGGUACCGCUCAGGGUAUGCUCACCUCCAUUCUUGAGCUAGGUGCCUGGUUGGGAACACUCGCAAAUGGAUAUUUGGCCGACGCGUUGGGUCGCCGUGUGACCGUGGUUGUGGCCGUGGUCGUGUUCUGUGUGGGAGUCAUUGUUCAGGCGUGCACUACGAACCCAGACUUCGUUUAUGCUGGUCGGUUCGUCACCGGUCUGGGAGUCGGUAACCUGAGUAUGAUUGUCCCGCUUUACAACGCCGAGCUGGCUCCUCCCGAAAUCCGAGGAUCUCUAGUCGCCGUUCAGCAAUUGGCUAUUACGUUCGGUAUCAUGGUCAGUUUCUGGAUUGGAUAUGGCACAAACUUCAUCGGCGGAACGGGAGAGGGUCAAUCUAUUGCCGCCUGGGAGAUUCCGGUGUGCAUCCAAAUUCUUCCCGCGCUCGUUCUGGCGGUUGGCAUGAUGCUGUUCAUGCCUCAGUCGCCGCGUCAUUUAAUGAAUCAGGGCCGUGAAGAGGAGUGUCUACAGACCGUAGCGCGUCUGCGCGACGCCUCUGUCGAUGAUAUGCUCGUGCGCAUCGAAUUCUUGGAGAUGAAGGCGCUCCGCAUGUUUGAGGAAGAGACAGCGCGGAAGAAGUAUCCGCAGUAUCAGGAUGGGUCAUUCAAGAGCCGUUUCAUGAUUGGGGUACAUGAUUACAUGUCCCUCAUUACGGAUAAAUCCCUGUUCAAGAGGACCACUGUUGCCUGUUUGAUUAUGGUCUUUCAGCAGUGGAAUGGUAUCAAUGCCCCACAAAUCUUUAAGGAUCUGGAGCUCGGCGGUACCACUACUUCAUUGCUGGCCACUGGAGUAGCUGGUAUCUUCGAGUUCGUCUUCACUAUUCCAGCCGUUCUCUGGGUCGACAAUAUUGGUCGCAAGAAGAUCCUCAUUGCGGGUGGCAUUGGUAUGGCUGUUUGCCACUUUAUUGUGGCUGGUAUUAUUGGAUCAUACCAACAUACCUUUGCCGAGCACAAGGCUCCUGGAUGGGUUGCUGUAGUAUUUGUGUGGAUUUUCAUUAUCAACUUUGCCUAUUCAUGGGGUCCUGUUGCCUGGAUCGUGGUUUCUGAAGUCUACCCCCUGAGUAUGCGUGCCAAGGGUGUUAGUAUCGGUGGAAGCAGCAACUGGCUCAACAACUUCGCCGUGGGUCUUUCUACCUCCCCCUUCCUGAGUGCAUCGAACUACGGUACAUUUAUCUUCUUCGGAUGUAUCACCACCAUCGGUGUAUUCUGGGUGUGGUUCCUGGUCCCCGAAACCAAGGGCCGUACCUUGGAAGAGAUGGACGAACUCUUUGGCUCUGGGGGUAUGGCCGCCGAAGAUGAGGCCCGGAAGCGACGGAUUGAGCGUGAGAUUGGGCUCUUGGCUCUGUUAGCGGGUGGCGGUUGGUCCGCAGGCGGAAACCUGGGGAAAGCGCUUCCUGGAACAUCAAUCGGAGUGACAGCCUCCGAGGGACCGGGUGCUGGUCACGAAAUCCGGUGGGUUUGA